UUAGAAAACAACUAUUCUGCAGCUGGAUUAGAGACAUUGUGUUUUCAAAGACGGUGGAGAGGACUGGAGUAAAUUCUAGAAGCGAGCAAGACCGCACUACCCCAGAACGUCGCAGGCAGCGGACUAGCUACUCACAAUCUAGCCCAGGGCCGACACGGGAGAGACGUGCCGCUGCGCGCUGACGUCACGUGCCAGGCCCCGCCCCACCGGCCGCCCAUAUAGCGUAAGUCUGGCGCGCGCGCGCACCAUUGUGUGGCUGGACUCGGCCGCCGCUGCGGUGUGAGGCGCGUGUUCGAGCUUUUGCCGUCCCCGCACCCGCACCGCGGCUACUGGCUUGCGGUCCGCCGUUCAACAACCAGCCCUUGGGCCCCUGCCCGCCACGGACAUGCCGCGCGUCUACAUAGGACGCCUGAGCUACAACGUCCGGGAGAAGGACAUCCAGCGCUUUUUCAGUGGUUAUGGGCGCCUCCUCGAAGUAGACCUCAAAAAUGGGUACGGCUUCGUGGAGUUCGAGGACUCCCGCGACGCCGACGACGCCGUUUACGAGUUGAACGGCAAGGAACUCUGCGGCGAGCGCGUGAUCGUAGAACACGCCCGCGGCCCGCGUCGCGAUCGCGACGGCUACAGCUACGGAAGCCGCAGUGGUGGAGGUGGAUACAGCAGUCGGAGAACAUCUGGCAGAGACAAAUAUGGACCACCUGUUCGUACAGAAUACAGGCUUAUUGUAGAAAAUCUUUCUAGUCGGUGCAGUUGGCAAGAUUUAAAGGAUUUUAUGCGACAAGCAGGUGAAGUAACCUAUGCAGAUGCCCACAAGGAACGAACAAAUGAAGGUGUAAUUGAGUUUCGCUCCUACUCUGACAUGAAGCGUGCUUUGGACAAACUGGAUGGUACAGAAAUAAAUGGCAGAAAUAUUAGGCUUAUUGAAGACAAGCCACGCACAAGCCAUAGGCGAUCUUACUCUGGAAGCAGAUCCAGGUCUCGAUCUAGAAGACGGUCACGAAGUAGGAGUCGCAGAAGCAGCCGCAGUAGAUCUCGAAGUAUCUCAAAAAGUCGCUCCCGUUCCAGGUCGCGGAGCAAAGGUCGGUCACGUUCUCGAUCAAAAGGCAGGAAAUCUAGAUCAAAGAGCAAAUCUAAGCCCAAGUCUGAUCGGGGCUCCCAUUCACAUUCUCGAAGCAGAUCUAAGGAUGAGUAUGAGAAAUCUCGAAGCAGGUCUCGGUCCCGAUCCCCCAAAGAAAAUGGAAAGGGUGAUAUAAAGUCAAAAUCCAUGUCAAGGAGCCAGUCCCGUUCCAAUUCGCCACAACCUGUUCCACCCUCAAAGGCUCGUUCUGUGUCCCCUCCACCAAAAAGAGCUACUUCAAGAUCCCAUUCUAGAUCUCGCUCAAAGUCAAGAUCAAGGUCCAGGUCGAGUUCCAGAGAUUAACUCAGAACUCCUCUCUCUUCUUUGCACACGAUUACAGAACACUUUCCUUCUUGCUUAGGCAGUUACUCUUACAUGUUUGUACCUGGCCUCUUCUGCAAGAGGAAUUCUCCUGAAGUCAGGGGCACACAGAAAUUUGAUUUGUGGCCAAAUUUGAUGAAAAAGAUGAGGUUCUAAGGAAAUGGUGGCAUGAAGUCAAAGACCCUCUCCCUUCUUUGUAGAAUUAAGAUAACUUUGAUUUUAUAGCUUUUGAGCUACAAUAACUUUUGUAAAGAUUAAGCUCAUUUAGGUGUUUUGUUGUUAAGUAUUUCAGCAGGAUCUGCUGGCAGGGUUUUUUGUUUCAUUUGUUUGCUUAUUUUUAAUUAACUGUUUCAGGCUUCCAAUACUUAAGGCUUUAGAGGGAGAACCCAAUUUUCAAUUAUGUUGGCUUUUUAUGAAGCUUGAGUUAUGUAAGAUUUAAAUAAAAGUUUGCUACCAAGAUGAUUGCCUUAUUGAAUAGGUCACUAUUAAAUUCCUUUAAAUGUUGAUAUCUGCCAUUUGUGGAAACAGUGUAAAUUCUACUUAAGUGUAAAACAAGGCAAGCCUCAGACCAGCAAUAAAUUAUUCAGUUUGGAUAAUAUUAUUUUGUGCUGUUAAUCAAAUUUGCCAAAGUCUUUAUCUGCCCCUUUAACAAGUUGGGUUAAAAAUAAAAAGUAUUUUAUAAUCAAUCUGUUCCAAGAUUUUGCUUAAAUUAAUACUUGUAAGUAAUGGAACAUUUUUCAUAGGCAAAUUUAAGAAAUUGUUCCUAAUACUUGAGAUCUUGUUUAGAUAAUCCACUUUCUGGAAGUUGUCAGCAUAAUUAGUCUUAGAGUAUAUGGUUCAGUUGUCCUUGUUUGUCAUGUGAAAAUGGAAGUAGCCUCUUUGAUCUGAAAUUUAGUUUAUUCGAAGUGUAAAAGCACAUACUGCAUUUUCACCUCGAAGAGCAUUAUAUUUAACAGGCACUUAAUUUCAGUAAAGUCGUUGCCAAUUAACUUCCACCCAGUAGUCAGUCUCCUUUGUAGUUAGUGGGAUUAUGUGAUAAUUGGUCAGAUCAUACUGGUAAAUUUUAAUGCUUUGUAUGGUUAGUUGAAGAACUUGAAAUGGAUAAACCCAAAAUUUUUUGUACUUAAUUACCAGUGAAGUGUAAUGAGUACUGUGGAAACCAAAUUUGAAUACUGCAAAUUUGUAGGUGUUACUAGGUUAAUAGUCAGUUCAUACAUCCAUAAGUGUGAUAAGUUGAAAUUGCAGUUUGAGAAUGGAAUUAACCUUACAUCCCUUUUUUCAGAUAUUUUUGCAUAAAGUAACCUUAUUUGAAAGCAUUUAUUAAUCUUAGACUGAAAUAAAGAUCUAGAUUAAUUGGCUCAGCUUUAAUACCUUUCUAGAGCUGUCACUGUAGGGUACCAAGGGUUGGAUUGUGACGGGGCAUGGGUGCCACAGGUGUGACUAGAAAGCAUGAUACUCUAGGGUUGGAUGUUAGGUUCAAAUAAUCCAGAAGCAUACCUAAUAAGAUUGAAAAACUUGAGUCAUAUUUAGGGCAUUCACAGAGUAGCUAUGAGUAGUUGGUAAUGUGGAAAAGGCCUUGUUUUUAAGAAAUUCCUGGGUUUCCUAUUGAAAACGUUAAAGCCCAGCCUUAGGAAUAUAGUGCCCCAAAAGUUGGAUGCUUCUGUUAUCUUAUUUCUUUAAUACUUUAUUUAAUUAGAUGUUUCUAAAGAAGUGGGUUUGUUUUUACAGUGUAAACCUCAGAAUUUAAGGGAAGAAAAUGGUGUCUGUUACUGUAGUUAAUUGUUUUUGCCUCCUCAAAGGACAGAAAUGAUGACUCUUAAAAAUUGGCUUUGACCAAAGUUCUCUUGUUUUCAGGGACAUAGCAUAAAAGCUUUUUGAACCACAGCCUUGAAGUGAGAGGAUAUUAAAGAAAUUCGGCUUUCUAAAACUAUGAAACAUCCUUCAACUGGGCUCUAUUGUUAAUAGGACGUACGAUAACAGACUGAUUUGACUACAUUGUUAGCUGCCCCAGUAAGCGGGGUGAUUGUAUAGGUAAAUGCCUGUACCCGUAAUUUUCUAGCAAUAGCCACGACCAAUUUGUUAAAACUCAAGGCCUAGCCAUGCCUGUACACCUGAGUCACUGGAUGCACAAAAUCACUGUGUAACACUGGCUCACUUGAUUAUGAGCAUAGAGUUGACUGACAAAAUGUUUAGUUCCCUUGCUAACUUGUGAGAAGAAUGAGUUGCAACAUGCUCCAUACCAGUGGCUAGAUGGAGUAUUAAAGUGGAGCAGAAGAGAAGUGAGAACAUCUUGGUUCCCCUUUCUUUUACUUGGUGUUUAUGAACAUGCCGUAGUGCCUUUAUGGCCAGUUUGAGUCCUGCCUACUUUGACUUUUACGUUCCCAUUCCUGUGUUACCACCUUAUUCCCAGUUUGUUAACCUAUUUUGUGCUUUAAAUCUCAAUAAAAUACUUACUGAGGGAAA